AUGCCUCUUGAAGUAUGCGUUAAAGCAGCUUUCGGUGCUCCUCAUGUUCUCGGUGACUGUAAACUUACCUAUCUCUGUUUAUACAUUACCCCGUUUAGCCAACAUGUUCUUCUUACCCUCGAGGAAAAGAAUGUUCCAUACAAACUCCAUCUCAUUAACCUCGCCGCCAAACCACAGUGGUUCUUAGACAUUAGUCAUCCUGAAGGGAAAGUACCAGUGGCUAAGAUCGACGAAAAGUGGGUGUCUAAUGCCGAGAUCAUCGCUAGUAUUCUCGAGGAGAAGUAUCCUGAGCCAUCUCUAAAGAGUACUCCUCCUCAGUUUGCCUCUGUUGGAUCCAAGAUUUUCGAUACUUUCUCGACUUUCUUGAAGAGCAAAGACUCCAAUGACGGAUCCGAAAUGGCAUUGCUUGACGAGCUAGUAACUUUAGAGAAUCAUCUCAAGACUAGUAACGGUCCUUUUAUAGCCGGGGAAAGAUUAACCACGGUGGAUCUCAACUUAGCACCAAAGCUUUACCAUCUUGAAGUUGCUCUUGGUUAUUUCAAAAGAUGGUAUAUCCCCAAGACCUUUCCUCAUGUCCUCAACUACAUGAAAGUGUUGUUCUCUCUUGACUCCUUUAAGAAAACAAAGGCCGAGAAAGAAAAAAACAAAGGCCGAGGAAAAGUAUGUGAUCGCAGGUUGGGCUCCCAAGGUUAA